UCUUAUAAUGACAUACACACGAUGUAGUGUUAGCAACCUGACUAUGGAAUUAGUGUACGUGUAUUCCAAUGCGACGUGCAAAACAAUCGUAGGCUACCCAAAAUAAUAAAUUACAAUCAUUUGAAGCCGAAGGUAACAAAAAUGGAUAAAUUGAAGAGGGUGUUGAAUGGAAAAGAGGAAGAAGAUGACCAGCAAGGAAUCGUCACUCAGAUUUACGAUGGGUCAACAUUGAGCUGGUCCACAAGACUCAAGGGAUUCAUUGCCUGCUUUGUGAUUGGUUGUCUCCUCUCAGUAUUGGGAAGCUUCUUUUUAUUCUUCACGUUUGGCACCGCCCUCAGUCUAUUCGCUAUCUUCUACACGUUGGGUUCUAUCUGUGGCUUGAUGAGCACCAUGUUCCUGAUGGGCCCAGUCAAACAACUCAAGAACAUGUUUAAGGAGAAGCGUCUGAUUGCAACCGGCCUUGUUUUCUUGUUCCUUGCAUUAACUCUCUGUGCUGCACUCUGGUGGAACAUUGCAAUACUUGCCAUCAUCUUCUGUAUCUGUCAGUUCCUUGCUCUGAUUUGGUACUCGCUGUCGUAUAUCCCCUACGCACGGGACGCUGUCACAAAAUGCUUCCAGGGGUGCCUCAAUUGCUAAAUUGGUCAUUGGAGGUUGGAAUAGAGACCAUAAUGCCUUACAUUAGGACCAUACUCCAGGGGGGUUAGCUAUAAAGG